CUCUCUCACUCACUCACACCGAAGAAAAGAAAAAGAGAAAAAAGAAAAAAAAUAAAAACAAAAGAAUUUUAGCAAAAUGAGCAAGUGUCCCGGGAUAUAUUUUGAUAUUGGGAAGAAGGCCAGAGGUGUUCUUCAAAAGGACUAUGCUCAUCAAUCACCAAUUCACUUUCACUACCAGUUCAUGGACUGGAAUGUAGACCUCUCUUGUCAAGUAGAAGAAAUUGUACCUGGAUUCAGGAGCCUUUUCAACUGUACCAUACCUGAUUCUGGAAAGGUGGAACUACAAUAUUUGAACAACUUCAGUGGAGUUACUGGAUGUAUUGGAUUAGUAGGAAACUCAAAUGGAGGAUAUGACCCUGCUGUAAAUAUCUCAGGCCUUGUAGGAACAAGCACUGUCUCCCUUGGAGCCAAUGUCGCUUUCGACAUAGCAUCAAGAACAAUCAACAAAUUUAAUGCAGGCUUAAACUUCAACACUGCCUUCCUUAUUGCUUCCUUAACCUUAAAUGACAAAUUUGACAAUGUAAAAGCCUCAUGUUAUCAUGAAGUGAAUCCACUGACCAAGACAGCUAUUGCAGCAGAGCUGAGGCAUAGCUUUUCGGAAAGCGAGACUGGUGUUACCAUUGGUGCUCAACAUGCUUUCUUACCGGACACAUUGGUGAAGGCUCGGCUGGAUAGUACUGGCAAGGUUGGCGCGCUCAUUCAACAAGGUUUCUUGCAGAGAUUUUUUGUAACUAUGGCUGGGGAAAUGGAUUUUACAUCCAUAAAUGAUAAGGCUCCUAAAAUUGGAGUCUCUCUGGCUCUAACACCUUAAUAAUUUUCCAGGGACAUGAGUUCGGAUUCAAUUGAGAGGUUGUUCCUUGUUAAGGAAGAUGAGUUCACUUUCUUUUCUCAUAUGUCAAAAUUAGAUAAAUUGGUAGAAUUGUAGUAGCUUCCAUGUUUGUUCUCUAUUAUUUGGUUUUGGAUAAUUGAUAAUUCUACUACUUGUAAAGGGGGGAGGCAGGUUCAUAUUUCUUCAUGAAAGAUUGAACACUCAGAUGCAUGUUGCAAUAAAAAAUACUGUAACAUAACUUGCUACAUAAAGCUGUAAUUUAAAUAGAGGCAUUGACCACUAGAA